AAACCUUUUAAUAGUCUUAACACUCCUUAAACAAUGUCGUUGAUCCCCCUUUGUAGGCGUGUAUGCACAGCCAGAGUUUUGCCUGCCAUCAGAACUGUGCCUGUGCAAUUUUCCCGGUUCAACUCGACCAAAGUUGCCGCUGAAUCCGACAAGAAGUUCAACUUGUUAACUCAAAUUUAUCCAAUCAAUAAUGAUACUGUGACCGAGGAAGAUGUUGAUGAAUGGUUAAAAGCCGUCAAGAAGUUGAAGGCCAACAACAAUACCACUGUUGAUACCGCAGAAGAAGUAUAUCUCCAAGAACUUACCAAGGUGGAGCCAUAUCUCGAAGAAACUUUCGAACCAACCGAAGAACAAGUGCAACAAGUGGAGGAGAUGAACAAGGCCCCAAUCCCAUUGUACACACACCCAAUCGUAGAAAACGUAGUCUGUCUCAUGAUGAGAGAUGGUAAGAAGUCCAGAGCCCAGAAAAUCGUUGCUAGAGCCCUUUACAUGAUUGCCUUGAAAACAAGAAAGGACCCCGUACAAAUCUUGACCGAAACCUUGGAUAAGUUGGGACCACUCAUGGCCACCAGAACCGAGAAGACCGGUACUGCCAAGAACAAGUUGGUGCCCUACCCAUUGAACCAAAGACAAAGAAACAGAUAUGCCAUUUUGUGGAUCUUUGACGGGGCCAAGAAGAAGAAGUCCAAGGAUUACUCCGUCAGACUCGCCGAAGAAAUCUUGUCCGCUUACGAAGGAAAGUCCUCGGGAUAUGACCGUAAGGCACAGAUGCACAAGGCAGCCAUUGCCCAAAGAGCUUUCAUUAGAUUUUAAGAUCUGUAACUCCUGUAUAUAAGAAUAAAGAAGACCGCAU